AUUAUUUAUAAACUACCCCCUCUUGCGGAAUCAAUAUGGCGGAAACUAAGGACGCCAUUAUUAAGUACAUUUGCAACCUAUCGUAAAAUAAUGGAAGCGAAAUUUAGUUGUAAUUGAUAAUGCAAUUGACAUUUAUAUCUUUUAUGGUUUCCAAGGACAUCUAAGAUGACUAAAGAUUUAUCAAAUCUAGGCUUGAAGAAGAUCAAUACCACUAUAGGGGAGUUGGCCGAUAUUCACCAAUACUCAACGCUGAUACUAGACAACAAUGUAAUUGGCAAGAUUGAACAAUUAGAAUCAUGUCAGGAUCUGCAACAGCUAUCCAUAGCAAGCAACCGACUGGUACGCAUGAAUGGUGUUGCAAAGCUACGAAACCUGCGUGUUCUCAACUUACCCAACAAUAGCAUCCAAAGUAUCGAUGGUUUGAAGGAUUCACUGCAACUGGAAUGGCUUAAUUUAUCCGGAAAUAAUAUAAAGUCAAUGGAAAAUCUGUCUGCAUGUCUCAAACUGAAAUACCUUGAUUUGUCUGAUAACAGCAUCUCUGCAAUUACCAACAUUUCUCUUUUGACCAGCUUGAAGACUCUACUUCUCCAUGGAAAUAUCCUGACAACUUUGCGUGGAGUACCUGCUUAUGUACCAACUUCAGUGACAACACUAUCUCUUGCAGAAAAUGAAAUUAGUGACUUAACAGAGAUGUCAUAUCUUUGCUGUUUGAAUGGAUUAGAGCAACUCUCCAUUAAAAAUAACCCUGCUGUUCUAAUGACGGCCUCUGUAGGCUUUGACUACAGGCCUUAUGUUGUGAACUGGUGCACAACUCUACAAGUCUUAGAUGGCGCUGUCAUCAUUCAGAGAGAAAGUUUAAAGGCUGAAUGGCUAUACAGUCAGGGGAAAGGCCAUUCAUUUCAACCCGGUCAGCAUAGGGAGCUCACUGAGUAUCUAAGUCGAGUCUGUCCAUUAACUACAGCUUCUGAGCUACAGUUGAAAGAAGACGAGAAAUUAAUCAAGGUUCUCAGCAAACAGCAACUGUAUAAGAAACAGUUAUUGGAAGAGUCACUUUUAUCAUCGCCUACACCUUCACAGUAUUCAGCAAAGUCUGCAUCAAAAUCCCGCUCAAGAUCCCCUCAAAAGGGGAAAAAGGCACACCGUUCCCCCUCACCACCUCGUGUAACAAGCCCACCAACUGCACCCAUGACUGUGUGGUCCAGAGAACGACCUCAGAAAAUUUUUCAGUGGGUUGUAUCAGACAGAAACCAAGAGCCUCCCUUGAAUAUUGUUCUAGAAGACUUAGAAGCCUCAACAAAGACAAAUAGUCUCCUUACAUCAAAUUCUACAUACCUACCGUUUUCAUCUGAGCUACCAACUACAAUGCAGAUGGUGGAGGUUAGGCCCUCCACAGCUCCACCGCAUCAUACAGACUUAUCAGAACGUGAGUCUGUAAACUGCCACCAUCGUCCUGCGACUGUACUUGGUUCAAAAGGCAUUCCUAUGGACACUUUUGAUGGCACACCUCCCGAUUUUCAAAAUGGAAGUCAAUUUUAUUUGUUCAACACACCAAUUCAUAACCACGAACCAACUAGUUAUGAGGCAUAUGAGAACAGGCGCCUCAUUCCUCCAGAACAAAAUGCAGCAAUUAAAAAAGCAAAACCACAGACAACUUUCAACCCUAAAAUUAGCCCAAAAAUAGCUGGUGAUUCGGAGCCUAAGAAAUCAAAUUAUAAAAAAAGUAAUAAGAAGCAAUAUAAAAAUGACAAAGAUAAAGAGGAGGUGGUUUGCCCGGCUGAGUUGAAGAAAAUUCGAGAAGUAGCCCUGAAUCGACGGAUAACAAAUAAUACGAAGUGGACUGAUUCCCAACCCGAUUCUAGGUUAAGUGAAGAGAUGAAUGGCGAAUGUGUUACUGAAAACAACAACUUAAAGACGAAUAACAAUCAGAUGAGUACAAAACUGCCGGCAUCUGUCACAUCCACAGAAAUUGAUGCUGCUACUCAGAUUCAGGCUGUCUGGAAAGGGUACCGGCAACGCAGCGGAGAUGAUCAGCGUCAGAAAAAUAAAGAAAUAUGCCAAAGACGAUUGCUGGAGCAUGUUGAUUACCUAACAUGUGAAUUGAAGAGACUUCAGAAGGAGAAUGAAAAAGAAAGACAGUUGAGGAUGAUGCAUAUGAGCUUGUUACAAGUACUUUGUGCUCAGAUGGAGUUACUUACUGAAUGGAAGAGGACAGCAGAGCUAAAACUUGGUGCCAUUGAGGAAAAGGAGAAUGAAGUUGAUAAAACCGUUGGCGACAAACCAACCACCAAUGAUAUCAGUCAAUUAACAGCUUAUCAGGAUUUCAAUCAAAAGAUUAAUGACCUUGAAAAUCAGAUGGAUUCACUCACCGAGUGGAAGAGGUCAGCAGAGCUAAAAGUCGUUGCCAUUAAUGAAAAGGAGAAUGAAAUUGAUAAGACUGUUGGCGACAAACUAACCACCAAAGACAUCAGUCAAUUAUCAGCUUAUCAGGAUUUCAAUCAAAAGAUUAAUGACCUUGAAAAUCAGGUUGAACAGAUGCAGGAUACUCUACAGAGUGUCACAAGAAUGUUGAAACUUGUAGAAAACCCUAAUGUACCAAAGACAAACCUAGAUUUGCAUGAUGCUUCUGGAUCUGUUGGGAAAGAGAAGGUGUCGAAGAGCAAACAUAAAUCACCUAAGAAAACAAAAAAAUCUGAGGAUAAAGAACCACGUAAUAAGAAGGUUGGACAAACAAAAGUCUCAAACAAAGUGGUUAAAUCAAAACCAAAAAAUAAUGAGAGUGGUAAAGAAAGAUCAGGCACCGAGGUAUCUGAUGGCACCAAGUUGCCUGUUGACAACAAGAUACCAGUUGACACCAAGGUAGCUGAUGGUACCAAGGUAGCUGAUGGUACCAAGGUACCUGUAAAUACCAAGGUAGCUGUUGUUGAUAAGGAUCCCAGGAAAGCAGGAGAGCUGCAAGAUGACAAUGUUCCUGAAGCCAAUCCACCUCAGACAAGAGCAACAGAUGUAAAAGUAGAAUCAAGUAUGCAGGUUAGUCAGACAGAGGUUAAAAGAGAUAAAGAGAUCUCAAAGCCAUCAAGUGGAGAGAACCUAAAUUCUGAUAUAAAUCUCCCACAAGAUAAUGUUUAUUCAGAAUCAAAGAGUUCCCCUACCAUUCAAGUGUCAGAGAUUGUGGGUUCAACAGAUAGCAGAGUGGUGGAUGAUGCUGAAAUGGAGGAAAAUAAUGGUCACAUUGCUUCUGAAAAAUGCGAAAAGCAAACACCAGUGAAAUCAAAUUUGCUACCAGAAAACAAAGAUGAUGUUAAUGGUGGACACACUACAGAUAGUAUUCAAGACAUGCAUAUUGUUACAAGACCUCCAGCUCCUAGUAAUCUUUGUGUAAAGCAGUUAUCCAACACAAGUCUACAACUGACAUGGACAGCGCCCUCAAUUCCUGAAUCGCAGCAGAAUUGUGUGCAAGGUUAUAAGCUGUGCAUUACGCUAAAUGAGGAUCUGAUACAGGAGAUGUCAACGACACAGACUCGUGCCCUUCUAGGUGGUCUUACAUCUGGUUGUUAUCGGUUCAGUGUAAAAACAACAUCAACACUGGGAGACUCAAUGGACUCAAACAUUGUUACCUUUCAAUUGAUGACUAGAACCAAAACAGAAGGAACUGUAAAAGAGAAGGAUGAGGAUGACGACCCAAGCCAUGAUGGAGAUUCUCAGAAAGGAUGUCCAAAAUAUGAUGACACUUCUGGCACCAUUGGAAAGAACUUGGAAACUACAAGUAAAGAGUCCAGCAAAGAUGUAUGUGAUGGAAAUGAAAAGAAAGGUAAUUCUGCUGAAGAUGUAAGCUCAGGAAUGACAGAUGGAUGCAAUAUUGUGUUGGUAGCUGACAGUCAACCUGCUGAAUCAGACCAAUUGAGUCAUGGUAAUAUUAAUAUUUUGUCAGGCAGUCAAUGUAGUCUGUAUACUGAAGAAGAUACUAGCUCUCUUAGAAAAUCCAGUAUUGUGACUUUAAAAGAGGAAACUGGUUCUUCAUCUCUCUGUGGUGAUGUCAAUAUGAAAGAACGUGAAAUUAUUGGGAAAGUACCUAAUGUGGACCUGGAAGAGGAGACGGUGCACACUUUAAUCAUAGGAGACUCUCCUUCAGAAACUGAUGUUAAUGCUGGAACCUAUCAAUAUGAAGAAAAUCCCAGUGAACUGCACAGUUGUGGAGAUGGUCUUUUAAUGAAGGUAGAACUUGAUCCUGAUAUAUCAAUCCAAGAGCACCAAAAUAUAUCCCAGGUUCUUGAACAAUCUGAUGAAACUAUUAAGAGCAUUAGUUGGGAAUCGAUACCUAAACUGAGCUCAUGGGUCACACCAUUGCCUUCUCUAAAAUCCCCAUUAAAGUCUUUUGACAGAACUGAUGUGCAAUUUACAAUCAGUACAAUUGUUGAGAACCCUUUUCAAGGGGCCAGCAUCAUAAGUAAAUCAUUGUCAGACUCUCAAAAAGAUAUAUUAUCCAGCCAAAAAAGAACAGAAUCUGCAGCAGAAAAGAGUCCUGUAAGGAAUAAACCAGUAAGCAAGAUUGCUGCCAAUUUUGGUAUGGUUAACAAAGCCUUGUUUCAGAAUCCUGUGGAAUCAAGGAAAGCAAUGAAUGAAGAUCAGGCUGUGAAUGUAAAGAUGUUUGAUGAAAUGACUUUUGCAGACAGACAUACUGACAAUGCUGCAUUGUCAGAAAUAACAGAAACACUCUUACUGCUUAACAGACAUCAGUCUCAAAAUUCCAUGCAACAAAAAUCUACUAUUGAUGAACAACAAAUAUUUUCUGGUGACAGUCGUGAAUUACCACAGAUGGCAUCUGAAGAACAUUCCACAUCUACUGAGUCAGGACAAGCAACAUUUCUGGGUUUCCGGAGUGGCAUACCAACAUCAAAGACUGAGUCCGCAAUUUCUCCUAAGUUCCAACAGAGUAAGACCACUUCAGGAGAAAGGAAAAAAUCAUUGCGAUUUAGAUCCCCAAGUCCUUGUAGCAGAAUUCCAAUAUCAACCAGGACUGUUGGAAAAGCAAUUCCUGUAUCAAAGAGCCAAUCAUGUGGGAAGUUGAGGUCCAAGAGCCAAUCAUUCUCAAGCUCAUCAUCAGAGACCCAAUCAGACACAACAGUAUUGAAUACUAACCAAUCUAACAACAAAGAAAUGCAAUAUUUAUCAAAUGAUUUAUGUAACCAAGGAGACAGUUUUGAACUUAAAGCUGGACAUACAAGUGAUGAUUUUAUAGAUGUGGUAAAUGAAAAAAAUAAUUUGAACAGGAACAAUGAAAGAGAGACUGAAAUAGAAAAAAGAAACGUUUUAAGGAAAAGUAAAGCAGACAGACUUCUGUUAGACCUACAACAUGAAUUAUGUAGAGCAAAAGUAAAAUCUUAGCAGCUGUCAGCCAAGUGGUAAGUAAACUUCUGGCCCUGAUUCCCUGUGACAAGCUCUAUGCCUUUUUUUAAGACCAAUUUUCACAGAGAGCAAUAGCAGUAUGCAGCUAUAGUAAACUUGCUCUGUUGUAUAGUCACAUUGUGUUCAGUGUGUAUUACUAUGAGCAUGGAAGUAUAAAAUAUUUUUAUACUUCCAUGCUAUGAGGAUAAUUUUAAAUGGGAAAGAAAUCUAUUACAAUAUCAUUAAACAUGUGUACUAUUCUAUUGGCUGUUUAUAUUUUGGAAAUAUGUUACUGUAUAUUUGUGAAACACCAGCAGUAUUGGACCAGGUAACUGCUUGGGAAAUCCACUUAAUUGUGGUAGUCUGAUGCAUGAUUAAUGUGAAUCUAUAUUUACUCAUUCUAUAAUCAUUAUGUAACUUUUUAAUAGUUUCAUUGCAUCUAUUCCCAUGGUCUCAUUUACUGUAGCUUCAAUUAUGAAAUUCAACUCUUAGUCACAUGGUUGUGUGGGACAAAACAUUUUUAAUUUUCUGUUAUUGAACUGAAAAAAAAAUCUCAAGAAAUAAUUAAAACAGAACAUAUGAAUACCUUUUUGUGUGUGAUAGUGUUGGUAAUUGUAAAUACUAUAAGUAUUAUGCAAUAAUCAGUUAUUUGUUUAAAUAUGCCAUUUUCAUCUGCUGAUUUCACUAUUGCAUGUUUUGUUUUAACCACAGAGUGCUUUAAUAACAUAUAGGUGACCCACAACCUUUUGUUAAAGUAAUUAAUAUUUCUGAUAAACUAUCGAUUUUCCAUUUAUUCAGUGCAUAUUGCAAGAACAGCCUUAUAUGCUUUUUUUAACAAAAAAAAAAAAA